CCCGCCCGUUGUGCCUUUUCAGGUUUCCAACCACUCCUCCCCUCGCCUCAACUUGGACACCGAUAAUUAACAAGCCUCUCGCCAAAAACGCUGUGAAGCACACCUUGCCGGCACUGAACGGAUUAGUCGGCCUUGACACCUCGGAAUGUCCUUCUUUCGCAAAACCUUGAGUCGCGGUGACAAACCGGAAGCGAAACCAGAACUUGAAAAGAAAGAUACAUGGUCCAGUACGGAGACAACACAAACAGCACCGAAACCAGGUCCAGGGUCGGAAUUCCCAUGCGAGGAGGUGAUGAGAGCGAGAUAUCAUGAUUCCGCAAAGUUGAAGACAUCGCUGGACACAAUCUAUGGCCAAGGGAAUUAUAAAGUUAAGGAAAGAGCCAACAGAUUCAUCCUCAUGCUACCAAGGCCUUUGAAAAAAGGCGAGCUAGCAGCAAUCGAAAAACGCAUUAGGGUACACUACAACGAUUGAGUUAGUUGGCCUUCAUGCUCGGGAUGUGGAAGUUCUGACCUUUCGAACUGGAACGUUGUAUGGAAGUUGAAUGCAUGCGUAAAGAAGACGGGACACCCUGCCAUUUCUCCUUGAAAUCGGGCAAUAGAUGAUGGUAUUAU